ACCCACAGGAGUCUCUCCACAGCAAUGAUGGCGAUCUCCUGAAAAGAAAGUACCUGCAAAGACUCACCAGAGCGGCUUCGUAUAGGCUACUUGAUCCAACAAACCAUUCUCUGGCCCAAUGUGGUCCAUUCUAGUGUCAAAUUGAAAAUUCUGAAAGGGGUUAAGAUCCCUGAAUGACGUCACAUCCUAAUUUGACAAUGGCGUGAGCAUAGUUCCGGGGACUAGAACAGAUGCUUUCGCACACAGUCCGACGCCUCCUCAUCUGCCGGCAAGAUUGUGAUGUCGCCCCAUCCACGCUGAUUCGUUUACAGUGUGGCUCCUGCUCCUACUCGUGAUGCUGGGACGUUCGUCUGGUCUAUUUCCAUCUGAAGAUGAAGCUUAUGCACUGGACGCGACUGAAGCAAAUCUGGAGAGCGUGGUUGAAGCGGUCGUCAUCUUAGUCAUAUGCGUCUCCAUCGUGAUAACCAAUGUUCUAGUCAUCUGGGCCGUGGCUACUUCACCGGCCCCAAAAGAAGCCAUUGAUCUCUAUGUGCUGUCAGUGGCAGUAGCUGAUCUCCUUUGUGGAGUCUGCAUUGUACCACUUUCAGUUUAUCCUGCUUUCGUCCAGGAAUGGGUAUAUGGAGACUUGGUUUGCCGGCUGACAGGGUUCUUAGGAUUGACUUUAUGGUCUGUAUGCCUUUAUACAUUCAUGUGGAUAUCAGUUGAUCGCUAUUUGGCCAUCCGGAAACCACUUCGCUAUGAUGUCAUCCAAACUCGAACCCGCUGCCAGUGCUGGAUGGUAUUCACAUGGCUUACUUCCCUUUUCCUCUGCAGUCCUCCCCUCUUAGGGUUUUCCAAAGGUCGUUUCUAUGGAGAUGGUUACAUAUGCAUGCUGGAUCUCGGUAACAUGAUACCGUACAGUAUAACACUAGCUGUACUGGUCCUCGCGCCGAGCAUACUCACCAUCAGCUAUACUUAUUUCUACAUCCUCAGCACAAUGUACAAGCUCAGGAAGUGCUUGACAAAGGAAGAACGAGACUAUGCUACGGCAGUUAGCGAAAACCUAUCCAAUCCAGACCACCUCAUGUCAUUCGUUCUGAUUUUGCUCUUCUGGAUCACUUGGUUGCCCUGGUUCUGUUUUCGCAUAUUUGAGCAAGUUUCCCAAGCCACGGACGAAUACCACGCCUUGCACUUCUGGCUUCUCUGGUUAGGAAUCACGGACUGCAUAUGGAAGUUUUUUGUUUAUCUCGCCAUGAGUCCCAAAUUCAGAAUGAGUCUGAAAAGGUUAUGUCUUUCUCUUUGUUGUCGUGCUCCCGCCAGGCAACCACUUAUUGUCUGAAAAGAAAAAAGCUUUCUUCGACACACAGCUUACUUUCAAAUUAU